AUGUCCGGAAUCAGCCUGUCGAGCGAGUAUGCAAUUACUGCAAUAAAAGCUAUUGAGAAAAAAUCAGAAGAAUUGAGGACUCUUAGUGGAGAAGAAAUAUUUGCUCAUAAUUUAUUAGUGACAUAUCUUGAAGAUCAAGGAUUUGAUGUAACACCCAGUGCAUACGGCAUUAAAACAGCGUUUGUAGCAGAAUUUUCAUCUAAAGGUGGUGAAGGAAAAGUUGUUUCAUUUAAUUCCGAAUAUGAUGCUCUUCCAGGAAUUGGUCACGCUUGUGGUCAUAAUCUGAUUGCAAUUGGUGGAAUUGCUGCUGCAAUUGCGAUAAAAGCUGUAUUUGAAAAACAUGAAAUUCCUGGAAAAGUAAAAUUAUUUGGUACCCCUGAUGAAGAAACAGGGGGAGGCAAAGUUAAUUUGAUCAAAGCUGGUGCUUAUGACGAUGUUGAUAUCUCUUUAAUGGCCCAUCCCACUUCUUACGAUGGAAGUUUCUUUCGCUUUUUAGCUAUUGAAUAUUGUGAGGUUGAAUAUUUUGGAAGAAAUGCGCAUGCAGCUGGAAUACCUUGGGAAGGAAUUAACGCAUUGGAUGCCAUGUUUUUGGCUUAUAAUAGUAUCGGAUUAUUAAGACAACAGAUUUUACCUACGGAUAGAAUUCACGGAAUCAUAAGUGAUGGUGGUAAAUCGCCAAAUGUUAUUCCCGAUUAUACAUCCGGGAAAUUUUAUAUUCGUGGAAGAACAAUUGAAAAUCUACGCGCUUUGAAGCCACGUGUUUAUAAAUGUUUUGAAGCGGCUGCUGAAGCAACUGGAUGUACAAAGGCAAAUGGAGCCAAAGAUCUUAAAAUCACUCGGAAAGACGAAGUUUUCGACGUGAACACAAAUGUUCCUUUAGGUGAAAGAUAUGAGGAACAUCUUAAAAAAUUCGGUAUAAAAUUUUUAUCGAAAAGCGAACAAGAAAAAGUAUCAAGAGGUUCAACUGAUCAGGGAAAUGUGACUUACGUAGUUCCCGGUAUCCAUGCAUUAUAUGAUAUAAAACCUCCAGGAGGAAUUGCAAAUCAUACGCCUGAAUUCGCAGAAGCUUCUAAAACUGAAAUUGCACAUAAAGCUACUUUAACAGCCUCAAAGGGAAUUGCGUUAACUGGUUUAGACUUUUUGAUUGAUGAUGAAUUUUCUCAACAAGUUAGAUAUUCUUUUAAGGGUGGGCUUCAUUGGAAAGAUUCGAUGUGA